AUGACUGCAGGAUCAGAAAGUACAAAUUUCAGAAUCGCUGCAGCUGUUGCACAGAAAAACAUUGGAAAGUCUUACAUGUAUAUACAAGAAGUCAUUGAUGAACUGAAUAUGUCUCCUGGAGCCUAUACAGAAAAGGCGGUUGAAAAGAUGGACAGAAAAAGAAAGUUACAGAAGAUAAGACAGAGUAGUGCAGAGUACAAGAAAAGGAGAUGCCAAAUUAGGAAAUCCUCAAGUCAAGAUCAGGGUUGUAAAGAAGUGCGUGAAGGAAAAACAUAUGAAACGUCAGUAGGACUAGAGAAAAUGGAUGAGGAGCAGGACAUCAAUUCCAUUCCAAGUGCCACUGUUGAACCAGAGAGAAUACCACUAAGAAAUACUGAUAGCACAUUUGUUUACUUUGACCUAGAAACAACAGGUUUAGGUUCAUCAGCAGAAAUAUUGGAAAUAUGA